AUGUCGGGCAUGGAGAUAGCGGGACUCGUGCUUAGUGUGUUCCCGUUUGCGGUAAAAGCCUUGGAAGAGGCGGUGGACAUUAUUGACAAGUACGAUAAUACGACUAAGCACAGUAACUUUAACCUUAGGCAAUUCGGACGAUCGAAGGCCAAGCGACUUGCGGACCUGCGUAACAGAACUAGAGAUGCAAUGCUAGAUUAUCAAACCGCGCAUCUCAAUUUGACGACUCUGUUGGCAACGGAUGCUCAAGAGCGACUGUCUAGCGCAGAAUUAGCUAGGGUGGAUCAUCUCUGCAAAAGCUCACUUGCCUUGUGCAGCAUGCUGUACGCAGAGAGUGAUCAGCUUCUGCGACCAGGGAGGAAAGAAAAGGCCAAGGAGGCUUCGAUAGACAGCAUGGUGAGCAUGAUUUUGAAGAUGACAGACCGUAUGAACCGAGAGUGUGCUAUCCUGGAACAACCACUAGAGCGACACCCUUUCGACAGCGAACUUCGAGGCUCGUCGGUGUACAGAGAUCGGAACAAGUCACGACAGCCUACGUCUUCCUCUGGCAAUCCAGACGAUGCCUUCGCCUCGGACCUUGAUUCCCAAGGGACUGCAGACAGUGAUCUCCCAACCGAUCCGGAUAGUGUGUCGAUGGGCCCGUUCAGCUAUUCGUUUCCGGAGGUUCCAACCAUAUCAAGCACAUUCGAAGCCGGCGCAGAAGCUGUGAUUGACGAUCCGUCUGUGAAUAAAGCAGAGAGAUUGGUCCUGGUAGAUAUGGAGAAUGGUCAGUCGAAGGAGGUUACUGCUCUCCUUGACACCGGAGCCACAGUCAAUUGUGUUGCAGAAGCAGACGUUUUGCUGUUAGGGACGGAGGCAAACAUCAGAAAGCUACCGCACCCGAAACCAAUCAGGAUAGCUAACGAUGAGGACAUCGAGGCAACACACGUCCUGAAGUGCAGAUGGUAUUUCCCAGGCAAGGUCACGGCUUAUACGCACAUCUUUCACAUAGUGCCGGGACUUCCUCGCAGCCUCGUCAUUUGUCAACAGGUCAUCUUCCAACACAACUUUCUGACCGAGAAUAUCGAACUCUGCUCUCUUGGCUUGCCGAAGGAAUUGAAAGCCGCACCGGAGCUGUAUGUACUGGGAAUGGCGACGCAAACUAGAGCCAAGAAGGAAGAGCAGUCACAGCAGGCUAAAGCUGCCAUGAAAGCGAACGAGGCGCAAAGACGGCAAGAGCUGGAAGAUAUGAAGCAGGCAUUCGCCAGACGUGCAGCGGCUGCAGCUUCCAGCUCGGCCGCAAGCGCCUCGACUCAGCAGUCGGGCUCAUCGAGCACACAAACCUGA